CAGCUCACGAUUCAGCUCUGGCCCUGCAGAACUGACAGAUGUGCCUGAUUUCCUAAAGCAAAGGAGCACAACCCCACCCGCGCACACGCGGAGCUCCCGCAGCUGCCGAUGGGAGUGAGCGAGGCUGGGCUGACUUCAUCCCGGCCGCUCUCAGGGUGGGCGGCAGCCAGCACUUGUUGCUGCCUUCUAGGAAAUCAGCCUGCAGCCUCCCGGACGGAGAUUUUAUUUUAUUUCAUUAGCAAAUCCCCUAAAAUCCCUGUGCUCCUGCCCAUCGGAGCAGCCUCCUGCUUUUCAGGCUUUUUUUGGCGGCGCCAAGGGGCCAAGCCGUGCGUGCGGAGAGGGAGGUGGGGGAAUCCCAUCCCUCUCCCUCUGCUCUCCCUCCCCUCCCUUCUCCCUCCCGAGGGCUGGAAUUGCGAUCUUUAAUCUCGCCGAGGAGCAGACGAGGCGCCAGGGCAGCUCCUGCCCCUGUCCCAGGAUGUAGCCGGAGCCGCCGCCCGACUCCGACAGGUCCUGCUCACAAUGUUGAUUCACACUUGGUUCUUUCUUGCCUGCCUGCCUGUGGUGAGCCAUGUCUGGGGACGAGUGGGCCAAGGGUCGGGCCGGCUGAAGCUCACUGUCCUUUCAGAAGACAGGCUCCAGAUGAAGUGGAAGGAGACUGAGGGGAACAUCAGUGGCUACAAAGUUCGGGUAAAGCCCAUGGCAGGGGACUCGGAGCAAGAAGUCAUGCUGAAAACCAAGACUCCCAAAGCCACAGUGGGAGGGCUGAGCCCCACCAAGGAAUACACCCUGCAGGUCUACGUGCUCAAUGGCUCCCAGGAAGCCCUGUUUGCCAAGAGGAAAUUUGUGAUAGAGGAGCUCAGAAAUGCAUCCCAGACUAGAAACAACCGCAGGAACGCAGGAGCUGUGUCAGGGAAGAAUCUCACCUCCUCUGCAGCUGAGCACAGUGGGGUGGCUGAGGCCACCCCACCACCCCUGAACACUGCCCUGUCACACUCAGCAAAGGACAGAGCUGAAAAGAAAAGACAAAAGGGGAUUCAGCCAAAGAGCUCAGGAGAAGUGACAAGAAACCAGCCCAGUGUGGAGGCCAGUGGGACAGAAACAGCAUCAACAAACCCAAAAUCAUCCCAGCACACUCCUGCAAAUGUGGAGAGAGAGUCUCCAGGAAAAGAAAAACCCCCAAAGGAUUCACUGAGACGAGGCUCCCAGUUUCAGUGUGACACACCUGCCAUGACUGACAUCGUCCUGCUUGUGGAUGGCUCCUGGAGCAUCGGGCGCAACAAUUUCAAGCUCAUUAAGGAGUUCCUGAGCAAUUUGAUUUCCCCAUUCAGUAUUGCAGAAGACAAGAUCAGAGUAGGGCUGUCCCAGUACAGCAGUGACCCCCGCACAGAGUGGGAUCUGAGCACUCACUCCACGAGGGAACAGCUGCUGGAGGCCGUGAGGAAUCUGCGGUACAAGGGCGGCAACACCUUUACAGGUCUGGCACUGACCCACGUCCUGGAGCAGAAUCUGAAACCAGAUGCUGGUGCCCGGCUGGAGGCUGAGAAGCUGGUAAUCCUCCUGACUGAUGGGAAGUCCCAGGAUGAUGCCAGCCUGGCUGCUCAGACCUUGAAAAACCUGGGCAUAGAGAUAUUUGCCAUUGGGGUGAAGAACGCGGACGAGGCGGAGCUGCGGCAGGUGGCCUCGGAGCCGCUGGAGCUCACCGUCUACAACGUGCUGGACUUCCCCCUGCUCAGCUCCCUGGUGGGCAAACUCACACGGGUCCUGUGCACCAGGAUCAAGGAGAGGAGCCACAAGGAAACCACAGGCAGCGCCGUGAAAGACACCCCUGUGAACACAGGUCCCCAGCUCAGCCCAACUGACCUGAAAAUAUCUGCUGUGACCUCCAAGAGCAUGCACUUGGCCUGGAGCCCUCCUCUGAGACCACCAAAGAAAUACAGGGUUGUGUAUUAUCCAUCCAAGGGUGGGACCCCCAAAGAGGUGGUUUUAGAGGGAGCAGUGUCCUCCCUGCAGCUGUCCAACCUGACCUCGCACACGGAGUACCUGGUGUCGGUGAUCCCCGUGUACGACAGCGCCGCGGGGGACGGGCUGAGAGGAGUCACCUCCACACUGCCUUUGUCUUCCCCUCGCUCCCUGCGCGUCUCUGAGCUGAGCCACAACAGUCUGAGGCUGAGCUGGGAAGCAGCCCAGGGAGCCACACACUACCUGGUGCUCUGCUCUGCAGCCCCUGAUGGAGCAGAGGACUAUACAACAGAGGUGAAGGUGACCCAGCCCGAGGUGCUGCUGGAGGGGCUGUCCCCCAGCACUGGGUACUCCGUGGCAGUGUAUGCCAUGUAUGGGGACGAUGCCAGUGAUCCAGCCAGCAUCCAGGAAACCACCUUGGCCUUGAGUCCUCCCAGGUACCUGAGCUUCUCCGAGCUGAGCCACGCGUCCGUGCGGGUCAGCUGGGAGCCCGCAGCGCCGGCCGUGCGCGCUCACCACCUCACCUAUGUCUCUAGCAGAGGGGGCAAUGCUGGACAGGUGGAAGUUCCUGGCACUGCAACAUCAACUGUCCUGAGACCUCUGUCCUCCCUCACACAAUACUUCAUCAGUGUCAGAUCCACAUAUGAUGAAGGGGACUCCUUUCCAAUUACUGGCAAUGUCACCACCUUGAAGGUCCCCCCUCCUCGUGCCCUGAAGGUCACCGAGCUCUCUGGGAACAGCCUCCGCCUGCAGUGGGAAGCUGUCGCUGCCUCGGACGUGGUUGUCUACCAGAUCAAGUGGAGCACAGCCAGUGGAGAGAGGCCUCAGGAGCUCUCCCUGGCUGGAAAUGUGGCCACAGCUGUCCUGCCCGGCCUGCAGAAGAACACUGACUACAAAAUAUCCAUCUGGGCCUACUACAAAGAUGGUGCUCGAAGUGACACUGUGUCUGUCCACCACAGGACCAAUUCCAGGAGCCCACCCACCAACCUCUUCAUCGGCUCCGAGACCCCCAGCAGCCUCCAGGUGCACUGGACCCCUCCUGAUGGCCGAGUUCAGCACUACAAAAUCACCUACAGCCCUGUUUCUGAUGCUGCUGCCCAGCAAACUAUCAUGGCUCCAGGCAAAAGCAGCAGUGUGACCCUGCAGUCCCUGCUGCCUGAUCGAGCCUACAAGGUGACCAUUUCUGCCAUCCACUACACGGGAGAGAGCGAGAGCACCUCCACCACGGGCCGGACAGCUCCAGUGCUGUCUAAAUUCCCUUCCAUCCGAGGAUUCAUCCCACCUAAAGCAGAGGCCUGCCCCACCAUCACCUCCAUGGAAGGUUCCAUAAGAGGAUUUGAUAUGAUGGAAGUUUUUGGCUUGGUAGAGAAGGAAUAUUCCUCCAUUAAGGGUGUGGCCAUGGAGCCCUUUGUCUUCAGUGGCUCCCGCACCUUCACGCUGUUCAGGGACAUUCAGCUCACCCAGAGGACCAGUGACGUCCACCAGUUUGCCAUCCCACCCGAGCACACCAUCGUGGCCCUGCUGCGCCUGCUGCCCGACACGCCCAAGGAGCCCUUUGCCGUGUGGCAGGUCACGGACGAGGACUUCCAGCCCCUCCUGGGGCUUAACCUGGACCCUAGUAAGAAAUCCUUGACCUAUUUCAACCAUGACUACAAGGCUGAUUUACAGGAAGUCUCCUUUGACGAGCAGGAAGUGAAGAAGAUAUUCUAUGGGAGCUUUCAUAAGGUGCACGUGGCCGUGAGCCACUCCAAGGUCAAGCUCUAUGUGGACUGUAAGAAAACAGCAGAGAAGCCCCUCAACACCCUGGGCAGCAUCUCCACUGCUGGCUUCAUCAUGCUGGGAAAAGUGACGCGCACCAGAGGGCCCCGGAGCGGCUCCGUGCCCUUCCAACUGCAGUCUCUGCAGCUCUUGUGCAGCAGUGUGGGGGCAGAGCAGGACAGAUGCUGUGAUCUCCCUGCACUGAGGGAUGAGGACACCUGCCCUACCUUGGCUCCUGCCUGUUCUUGCACUUCGGGGCGCCCCGGCUUGCCAGGACCCCCAGGGCCCCCUGGCAGCCCUGGGAGGAGAGGACCUCAGGGGGAGCAGGGGGAGCCAGGACCCAAGGGUGAGCCAGGCCCCCCUGGACAAGUGGGACCAGCAGGGCCCAGUGGCCAGCAAGGCUCUCCAGGCUCCCAAGGAAUCACAGUUCAGGGCCCUGUGGGGCCACCAGGAAUUAAAGGAGAGAAAGGAGACACUGGAAUCCCUGGCAUGCAGGGCAUUCCUGGUGUGCAGGGAGCUCCGGGCAGGGAUGGACUUCAAGGUGCAAAGGGGGUGAGGGGACUAGAAGGCACAGCUGGGCCUCCAGGACCUCCUGGACCGAGGGGUUUCCAAGGAGCCACAGGCACCCGAGGCAGCAGUGGUGAGAAGGGACCUCCAGGUGAUGUUGGGCCAACAGGGCUGCCAGGUCCCAAAGGAGAAAGAGGAGAGAAAGGGGAGCCACAGUCUUUGGCCACCAUUUACCAGCUCGUUAGCCAGGCCUGUGAGCGGAUGAUUCAGACUCAUGUGUUGAAAUUUGACUCAUUCAUACAUGAACAUGCAAGGAAGCCAGUUCCCAUCUGGGAGGAAAGGUUAAAACCAGGAGAACCAGGACCACCAGGUCCUCCAGGCCCACCUGGGAACAGUGGAGAAAGAGGAGAAAAUGGCAGCCCUGGACAGCCAGGCAAAGAUGGGUAUCCAGGAGAGAGAGGUGCCCCAGGGCCCAAAGGAGAGAAAGGGAUGUCUGGAGCCAGUGAGGAAGGCAGCCAAGGACCCAGAGGCAGAACAGGCCCACCAGGAGAAGUUGUGCAGGGGAAACCAGGUCCCAAGGGUUUCCCUGGGAAUGCUGGUCCUCCAGGUUUCCCUGGUGUCAGAGGGCAGCCUGGGCAGCCUGGGCAGCCAGGGGGCUGUGAUAUCUCUGGAUGUUAUGGGGCUGAUAGAAGAGAUUUUGUCCCCUGAUGGCUGGGGCGGAGGCAGCUGAAGACAUUGCUUUUCCCUGGAAAUCUCUGGAAGAAAACUCCACAACUCCAAAAGAAGCAGCAACCCAAAUAGUAGAUGUGUUAUGUUUUUUUAAUGCCCCAUCAUUUCUGUAUGGACAAGUCAAUCAAACUCCACAGUCACAGCCCGUGUCUGGCUGAGCUGUCUCUCUGCACAACUGCAGUGCUCAAACUCACAUCCCAGAGCAAGAAAAAGGCACAGCUGGAUACUCAGGCUGACAGACUUGUAAGAAAAAGAAAUACUGUAUUGAAAUGCUCAGAAAUAACAGAUAAUUUCUGCCCA